UGGUCAGCGGGUGCUGUCCGUUAAACCUGUACGGAACAGUUUCCACACGCCCGAUCAUUGUGUAAGCGUCUCUCCCACCCUUGAACCUGCGUCAUGCCGACGUCACCUGUUAAAACGAGGAUCCCCCUCACCAGCUUUGGACACUUGGUAACAGAGGUGAAGAGACAGCUGUUUGGCAUUGAGGCCCCUUCUUCUGUGGAACUGACGGGCUGGAGGAAAUACUUUAAUAGCUACACUCUGCAGGGUCGCAGAAAUUGUGUCUUGGCUACUUAUGGGAUCUUUGCAGUAACGGCAGCUGCCUACUUGAUGCUUAGACAAAAGAAAAAAGAAAACCAGACAUCCACCUCCACGAGAGGCUAACGUCUUGCAGUCAUGCGUUUUCUCUGUGAUGUGAGGGGUACUGCACCUUCAAAUGUGUCAGCUGAAAGUUAGAGUGUUAAUAAAUGCUUUGUCCGUGCUUGUCUGAUCAUUAUUCAUUGAUAUAAUGAACAAUCCGUCUGCUGCUGCAGAAACUGCAACAAAAUCCGCAAUUUUCUUAUCUGUUUAUUACCCUUAGAGCAGCGUGUUUUUCUCUAUAAGAAAUAUAAAAUAAGAAGAAUGGCUGCACAUUUUUUUACAGUUUGAUUCAUGAAUGCAUUCACGUUCAUGACUUUUCUUGUAAUCCUUUUUGAAUUCUUCGCCGCAGGUUGAUUGACGAGGUAGUCGGUUAACCUGCGGUCUAUUGGCAUGCUUGACAUGACAUGGAAAUAAUUGCAGCCCUUUGACUAUGCGCUUAAGCAAUAAUUGUUAAGCUAAGCUGACAGAACAAAAAGGAAACAAGAUUCUUACCUGAGAUCUUACACGCAGGCACCUGUGCUGCUGCUGCUGCAUCAGUGAGGUUUACAAUUACUUUACACCACCGGACUUUGUAAAGCAUGAUGUUCACAGCAUGGCGUCUCAAAGUGGACUGAGCAACAGAUGACCAGCCGGGAAGGAGUGAAUGAUGGAGGAUCUGCCAGUGAAAAACGGAGUAACUGGUGCAACAGGUGGUCAAGAGGAGGAUUGUUCCUUGUAGGAUGGUCAGAGACAAUUGCAAUAAAGUGGUAGUACAAAGCCCAAAACAGAGCCACGCAGCCGAACCACAGAGCUCGAGUGAGCCCUCUGAAGAACACCGGGAACAGAGCCCAAACAGAGCGGAGUCGAGAGAGCGGCAGCUGGAUUUACUGCACUGGGUCAAAAACAACUAUGAGGAAGACGCUGAGCUCUGGGAAGUGACUGGAGCUGAUUCCGAUGGCUUGCCCACACACCUCCGUCCGUUCACCAGCGAAGCAGAGUAUAAACUAGUGAAAAGUACUUACCAGCAGCUUCUGCAGAGUGAUUACUACUGGGGAUCCCUGACCAUGGAAGAAGCCCACGGAAAACUCAAAAAUGCUCCUGCUGGAACUUUCCUCAUCAGGGACAGCGGGCAGCCGGAUGUUUUCUUCACUCUGAGUUACCAAAGCGACGAUGGCCCGACGAGUGUUCGCAUCCAGCUGAACAAGCUGCACUUCAAUCUGUUUGGCAGCCAGAGGACUUUUCCUUCACUCUUUGCUCUGCUGACUUACUACACCAGCUCCUGCUGUAAACUGACGGUGCCCUUUCGCAUUCACCGCCCAGAGGGCCUGAAACAGAUGUGCAGGAGGGCCUUUGUAGGCGUGUUUGGAGCAGAUAGGAUAAGCACAUUACCUGGUCUCAACAAGCAAGUGAAAAGCUACCUUUGGGCAUACCCUCACCCUAUAUAGACCCAUGUGCUCCAAGUUUCUGUGUCAGGAUGUUGUGCUAUCACAAGGAUAAAGAAUGUUAUUUCUUACUUUUUAAAGAAGUUAUCCUUUGUAUUAUAAAUGAGAGAUAAUAGAAGCUCACUGCAGGUGACUGCUAUGAAUGAUAUUAUUGGAGAGACAAGCGAGUAGAAGGACGUAACCAUCAGAGGUAGAAAUGGCUACAUGAGGUAAUUCAGGCGACCUGCGGUACAGAUGGACAACCUGAAGGUUUCUGGUUGUUGAGAGGUUAUUUGCACACCUUCUGAAAAUGUAUUGUUUUACAGAUUUGACAAAGCACGUGUUAUCGUUGUUUUGGGUUUUUUGGGGGGGUUUGUUUUAUAUGCACUGUCAGAAGUCAACAAUUAUUAUUUAUAUAACUAAAGUUUCUAGCAAUUUUCCCUGUAAAGGCUGCACCACUGCCUGUAUGAUGACAUUUCAGCUUGUCGUGCCUAUGAAAAUGUCAACUGCUGCUGUUUAAAGCUGCACUAACUGAUAUCUGAACUCAUGAACGCAUGAGCAAGCAGCCAUGUCAACAGCUCAUGAACGUGAGGGUAAAUCAGCUGUAAAAAUCCACUUGGAGUGAUGGUUUCUGGCUCGUUUCUUCUCUUUCUUUUUUUGCGUUGCUUGUUUGGUAACAUUAGGUUAAUUAUCUCAAUAUCUUGGUACAAGGGUUCAUUUGCUCUGGAUGAUGGGGGGGAAACAGAGUAACGGAUUCUAACCGCUAAAUUGAUGUUUAUAAUUCACAGAAUUUGCAGUUAAUACGAUUCAGAUAUCGGUUAACUUUGCCGCGGUUCUUUAUGAAGUUGCAGAUGUAAUCUUCCCAUUACAGGAGGAAUCCUCUUUUUCUGUUUUCGCACAAAAAGAGGAUUCCUCCAGCUGUAGCUGACCUUAGAUUCUGUAGUUUUGCUCUCACCUGUAUUAAAAAAAAGCAUCGACUUUGUGUUUUUUGUCUUCCUGCUGGUGUUUCGUGUUGGCCUUCUCCUGCCUGGCUGUCAAGGGGUCGGCUACAGCAGCUAAACUGAGCAGCAGAGUUGACUGAAUGUUUGUUUUCGUCACUUAUAGGCAUUCUAUGUAGAUUCCAGAAUAAUUCUUUUUUUAAUGUAAAAGUAUUGAUUAAUGCAGCUGAUCAACACUUGAAAUGAUUCUAGUUACUGUCUUUGGUCUUCUGGUACAAUAUGCAUGUAAUAUUGUCUUGUUCAUAUUGAAUAAAUAAUUUUUUAUACGAAAUAAAAUAUAU